UUCAUGGCAGUCGUGCAAGCAACGAACUUACGUGGAGAAAUACAAAUAAAAAAAAUAUCCAAAUACCCAAUUGCUUGAACUGAGUUAAAUCAAUCAAACUGUGGCGUACAGUUUCCGUUAUUUUUCCUUCACUUUCCAUUUGUUGAAGCAGAGGGAAAGUUUCAGCAAUGGCGGCCAUGAAUCUGGUUUCAGCUGGGGUUCACUCUUUCAAUUUAAAGGCCGGUAAAGGGUUUUCAAUUUCCAAACCCAAGGGGUGCAAAUUGGGUCCGCGGGCUGCUUUGGUAGAAGCCGGACCAAGAGGCGAUGGUUCCCCGGCGGCUCUGCAAGUAUCGAGAGGGGACCUUGCGGCUGACCUGCAAGCGGAGGCCAGGGCCAUGGCACGAGCCGCAAAUGCCUCCGUUUACAGCCCCGAACUUCUUGCCAACAAAUAUGGGUCACGACCUGUCCAGGCGGCGAAAAGGACAUUGGAAAUAUUGGUAGCCUUAGGCUCAUUUGCUUUGCAACUGUUGGUGGAUCAACGGAACGGGACAUUGGAUCGAAACAAGAGAAAGCGAGCCAUUAAACUAAAAGGCAUAUUUACCAGAUUAGGGCCCACAUUUGUAAAACUGGGUCAGGGUUUAUCCACUAGACCCGAUCUCUGCCCUCCUGAGUAUCUCGAGGAGCUGGCUGAACUCCAGGAUGCGCUGCCUACAUUUGCGGAUGCAGAUGCAUUCUCAUGCAUCGAAACGGAGUUGGGGAUGCCGAUCGAAUCCCUUUUUUCUUCAAUAUCUCCAUCUCCUAUUGCGGCGGCCAGUUUAGGCCAAGUCUACAAAGCUCAACUUAAGUAUUCAGGCCAAACUGUUGCUGUCAAAGUACAACGACCUGGUAUUGAAGAAGCCAUUGGACUUGAUUUUUACCUUAUAAGAGGCUUGGGAUUUUUCAUCAAUAAGUAUGUUGAUAUCAUCACAACCGAUGUUAUCGCCCUUAUCGAUGAAUUUGCACGCCGAGUUUACCAAGAGCUCAACUAUGUCCAGGAGGGACAAAAUGCAAGAAAAUUCAAGAAGUUAUAUGCUGACAAAGAGGACAUCCUUGUCCCAGAUAUAUACUGGAAUUACACAAGUGGCAAAGUACUAACAAUGGAGUGGGUUAACGGAGUGAAACUAAACCAACAAGCCGCCAUUGAAAGCCAAGGUUUAAAGGUUUUGGAUUUAGUAACUACAGGCAUCCAAUGCAGCCUAAGACAACUCCUAGAAUACGGAUACUUUCAUGCCGAUCCUCAUCCUGGUAAUCUUUUGGCGACCCCCGAAGGGAAGCUGGCUUUUUUGGAUUUUGGAAUGAUGAGUGAGACACCAGAGGACGCAAGAUCGGCAAUAGUAGGGCAUGUUGUUCAUAUGGUGAAUAGGGAUUAUGAGGCAAUGGCUCGUGAUUAUUAUGCUUUGGAUUUCUUAUCGACUGAUGUAGAUGUUUCUCCCAUUGUGCCAGCUCUUAGGGACUUCUUUGAUGAUGCACUUAAUUACACUGUCAGUGAACUUAACUUCAAAACACUUGUUGAUGGUUUGGGUAAUGUUUUAUAUCAAUACCCUUUUAAUGUACCUGCCUAUUAUGCACUGAUAUUGAGGUCGCUUACGGUGCUAGAAGGGUUAGCCCUGUAUGCUGAUCCUAAUUUUAAAGUGUUGGCUGCCUCAUAUCCUUACUUUGCUAAAAGGCUUCUCACUGAUCCUAAUCCAUAUUUGAGAGAUGCUCUCAUAGAGUUGCUUUUCAAGGAUGGCAGGUUCAGGUGGAAUAGACUAGAAGACCUUCUUAUUGAGGGAAGAAAAGACCGAGAUUUCUCUGCAAAAGAUGCAUUACAACCUGUUUUAAGGCUACUUUUGGGACCAGACGGUGAAGAACUUAGAAAUUUAACAAUUAAAGAGGCAGUUCGUGUCACUGAAGCCAUUGUUUUAGGCUCAGUCGCUGAUACAUACAACUCUGCACCUUCUUUUAUUCAAACUCUAAUGAUCAAUGGCAAUGGAAAUGGAGCGCUUGCAAUAAGCACCGCUGAUUUGGAAGCCACGAUGGAGCUUCGGAACCAGGUUUUCAGAAUCUGGGGGCUUCUGAGUUCCUCUGAAAAUUUCGAUCCGGCACUUUUGCAGCCUAUUUUACAGGUCCUCCAACAGCCGGAGGGACGCAGUCUAGGGGGCCGAGUAGUUGGAGGGGUCACUCAGCGACUUGCAGCUCGCUUACUGCAACAACUUCUUCGAACACCAACUGUUCCUACUUCCUCUAGUUUAUGACCAUUGAAUUUCCAGAUAAAGUUUACAGAAUUGUAUGUUUAUGAAACAUGUUAAAAUCUGCAACUAUAUUCUUUGUCCUGUGAUUUAACAUUAAAAAAGAUGUAACAAAAAUGAUACACUUGUGUUUUGGAAUGUAUAGUUUUACCAUUUCCAGCUA